AAGAAUAGCAAACAAAACAAAAGCCCUAAUCUCUACAAUUCUUCCGAUUCCUCUCUUCCUUCUGUGCAAAACGCUCUUUUUUUUUCUUUUUUUUUUACUUCAUAAUCUCUCCCGCCAUUUCUUCAAACCAUAAGAAACAUCUCAACCGUUGAUUUCUGCCGGCGCACCACGCUGUUUUGCACCUUAUAUUCACUGUAAUUUCCUCUGUUUUUCUUCUUUGGAUUGACUUUGGGAUUUUCUGAAAUAAAGAAUCCAAAAUUUUUUUCUAUUCACUUUUAGAAACACAAGCGGCUGAAGGUCAAUGGAUAGGAGUGACCCUGACAUAUUAACUCAUGGACAGAAUUUGGGAAUUCAUAAUGAGCUUCAAGAAUCAAAUCAGGUGGAUAUUGAUGUGGAUCAAGAGUAUAAAAGCUUGGAACCUUCUGCUGCGGAAAAGAGUCAGGAAGCUGCUGAAAGUGAGAGUUGUAGUCAGAGCCCAAAUGCUUCUUCUGUUGAGAAGAGCGAUGUGGAAAUUAAUGGGGCCGAAUGCCUGGCUCCACAAGUUCCCUUAGUCAACAAGUGUGAGAUGGAUGUUGAUGGUGAGCAGGAGUCUCAGAGUCCAAAUCCUCUAUCUAUUGAUGCUUUAGGAUCCAGAGUUUCUUUUAAAGAUGAAGAAGAUAUAUUUGUGGUUCCAGCAGUUGGAGUGGAGUUUGAAUCAGAAGAGCAUGCAUAUAAGUAUUAUGGUAGAUAUGCUGUGUUGGAAGGCUUUAGUAUUAGGAAAGAUUUUGUCAAUAAAAGUCGAGUAAAUGGUGCAGUUGUAUCCAGAAGGUACACUUGUUAUAGACAAGGUUAUAGGCCUAGCAAGCAUAAUUCGAAUGUGAGAAAGCCCCGGCAAGAGACAAGAACUGGUUGCUUGGCUCAUAUGACUAUUGCAAGGCAGCCAAAUGGAAAGUUUCGUGUCACUAAUUUUGAAACAAGACACAACCACGAGUUUGUAAACCCAUCAACAGCUCAUCUGUUACCGUCACAGAAGAGGUUAACCUUUGCUGAAGCGGUUGAAGCUGACUUAGCUAGUAGUUCUGGGAGGGAUGGGGUACCAAAGCUUGGAAUGGCAUUUGAAUCAGAAGAUCAUGCUUAUGAAUUUUACAAUACAUAUGCAGGGCGUGUUGGCUUCAGUGUUCGAAAAGAUUAUGUGAAUAGGAGCAAGAUAGAUGGUGCUGUGGCAUCAAGGCGGUUUACUUGCUUUAGAGAAGGAUUUCGGCAAAAAGAUAAGAGGGAUUUGAAUAUAAAGAGACCUCGAAAGGAGACAAGAAUCGGAUGCUUGGCACAACUAGUCAUUUGUCGUCAAUCUGAUGGUAAAUACCGUGUCACUCAUUUUGAAGAAAAACACAAUCAUGAGCUUGUUGCACCAUGUCGGGUUCGAAUGUUACGAUCACAGAAGCACUUGGCUGCACCCCAAGUUGCUGAAGGCAAUGCAUUGGAGGGCUACAAGAUUCAAGAAGAAUCAGCAUGUGAAGUAUCAUGUAACUCAAUUGGAGAUUGUGUCGACCAUGGAUAUGAUCCAAUAGAUCUCAGAAGUAAAUUAUCUUCCAAACGUUCCAGAGAAAUGAGAGAAGGAGAAGCAGAAAGGAUACAGCAACAUUUUCAAAGUAAGAAAAUGAAAAAUCCGUCUUUCUUCUAUGCCAUGCAACUUGAUGCUGAAAAUCAAAUAGCUAAUAUAUUUUGGGCUGAUGCAAAGAUGGUCAUGGACUAUAGUGACUUUGGUGAUGUACUUUGCUUUGAUACAACCUACAGGCUACACAAAGACUGUCGUCUGUUUUCACCAUUCGUUGGGGUGAACCAUCAUAAGCAAAUGGUGAUCUUUGGUGCAGCACUUUUAUAUGACGAAACUGUUGAUUCUUUCAAGUGGCUAUUCCAAAAGUUUUUGGAGGCAAUGUCUGGUAAGAAACCAAAGACAAUCCUCACAGAUCAAGAUGCUAUAGUGUCUGAAGCAAUUAAUUCUGUAUUUCCAGACAUAAAUCAACGAAUGUGUGUUUGGCAUGUGUACCAAAGUGCACUCAAGCAGCUGAGUCACUUGUUUGUAGGUUCACUGUCUUUUGUGAAUGAUUUAAGCAGUUGCUUUUUUGAUCAUGAGGAAGAAGAAGACUUCAUUGCUGCAUGGAACCUUAUGCUGGAUGUACACGGUCUUUGGGAUAAUGAGUGGUUGAACAAGAUUUUUGAAAGCCGAGAGCAAUGGGCCAUAGCAUACAAAAGGCAUAUCUUUUCUGCUGACUUAAAAUCUGCGCAACUGCGUGAAAGUUUUAUAGUUACUCUAAAGAAAUACUUAAAGCCCGAGUCUGAUGUGCUUUCAUUUUUCAAGCAUCUUGGUAAAGGGGUGAAUGAUUGGCACUACAAAGAGUUAGAAGCUAAUUAUGAUAUGAGACAAAAUAUGCCAAAACUAAUGGGUGAUGUGAUUCUUUUGAAGCAUGCAAGGGAUGCCUACACACCAAGAAUAUUUGAAUUGUUUCAGCAAGAAUACGAAACAUGUCUGAAUAUUGUUGUUAAUCAAUGCGUUGAGAGUGAAAAGCUGUUUGAGUAUAAAGUGAGCAUAUAUGGCCAACCAAGAGAGUAUUCAGUAAGUUAUAACUUGUCUGACAACACAGUUUUUUGCAGUUGUAAGAAAUUUGAGUUUAUGGGAGUAUUGUGUAGUCAUGCAUUAAAAGUGCUAGAUUACAGGAAUAUCAGGUUGCUUCCGAGCCAUUACAUCUUAAAGAGGUGGACAAGAGAUGCAAGAGCUUAGAGGUCGGAUGCCAUCUUUUGGUUGUUCUACAUGAUAGGACUAGGUGGGGCUUAGAAAGGUUUCAUUUCUCCUUGGCUGCUCUAUGUGAUGAGCAAUUACACUGUAAAGAAACAGCAGUCUGUUGUUGGAUUUUAUCUUCAUGUUUCUAAAAUCCUUCUUGAUACCUCCAUUGAUUUGUAUUAUCCAACAAAUAAAAAUAUGAAAUUGUUAUUGGAUUUAACCCUUUUUCUUUCCUUUUUUAUAUCAUGCCAUAUUUGAUCAUUUAGCUGGUGUCUGCCCAAAAGG